AUGUCGGUACCCAAAGCGAGACUUCUGAAGUUAGCCGAACUGUCUGCUAAGAUAUUCGAUCAGAACUUCAACCCAACAUGUGCUAGAACUGGGUCCAAGAUCCUUUCACAAAGACUAAAGGGUCCUGCAAUUGCUAACUACUAUGGUAAUCCGGAUUUUAUUAAGUUCAAACAAUUGAAGAAACUCUACCCAGGCAUGAACUUCGUUGACGAAGAAGAACAAUACAGAUUAACCAUGCUUGAGCUAAGAAAGCGUAGAGGUAAGGGUGCUCCAACCAAGAAGAAGGAGGCAUCUGGUGAUGCCAAGAAGACAAAAAAGAGAAAGUAG